GCAUUAGUGGAGCCUAACUUUGCUCAGGAUCAAAGACCGGCACUAAAAGCCGCUGCCCCGCCUACGUCAGUGACCAUUGAGGCGCCGUUCGUGUUGAGCGGGGCAGCUGAGAAGCCAGUGAGGUGUUGAAGCCCCUGAACGCAAAAGCAAGGAGGUAAGGUGUAUUCGUAUUACGAGAGAUAUAAAGCUCCGCCGUUUUCUUGUUGAUCUCACUUUUGAUUUUACAGGACAGUUCAGACGGGAGAAAAACGAGAAGAAUCUGAUCUGCUUUGCCAAUUUGUACAAAUUGAUCUUCUGUGCCAAGUCGGCAUCCAAAAACCAACCCCCAAAUUUAGCAAGCAAAUAGAAAAUAUGGAUACGGUCAAAAAGGUUCUGGGUCUGAGCGGCAGUUCAGCUACCCCACCAUCGGACGAGCAGCUCGCCCAGCUCCGGGGGAAGUAUACCAAGGCCGGGCAAGAGCAGGUCUUUACAUUCUACGACUCACUCUCGACCGACGAGCAGGCUGCACUCUUCCAACAGCUCAGUCAGAUCGACCCAGACCACAUCAACAAGAUCACUGACCGUGCCCUCAACCCGCCCAAGACCGACAAUGACGGCAAGGCCCCGACCCUCGAGCCACUCCCAGAGUCGGCCACGGCGAGCAUAUUAGACUCAGACCCCAAGGAUGUCGAAGGCUGGUACAACUCAGGUCUCGACAUCAUCGCGAAGGGCAAGGUCGGCGUCGUCCUGAUGGCCGGUGGUCAGGGUACACGGUUGGGUAGCUCGGCCCCCAAGGGGUGCUUCGACAUCGGUCUGCCGUCGUCCAAGUCCCUGUUCCAAAUUCAGGCCGAGCGCAUCCUCAAGGUCCAGCAACUCGCUGCCAAGAAGGCCGGUGCCGACAAGCCCGCAAUCGUGCCCUGGUACGUCAUGACCUCGGGCCCGACGCGCAAGCCGACCGAGGAGUUCUUUGAGAAGCACAACUUUUUUGGCCUCGACAAGGCCAACGUCCAGUUCUUCGAGCAGGGCGUGCUCCCCUGCAUCUCGAACGAAGGCAAGAUCCUGCUCGAGUCCAAGGGUAAGCUCGCCGUUGCGCCCGACGGCAACGGCGGCAUCUACCAGGCCCUGGUGGUGUCGGGCGUGCUGGACGACAUGCGGAAGCGCGGCGUUGAGCACAUCCACGCCUACUGCGUCGACAACUGCCUCGUUAAGGUCGCCGACCCUGUCUUCAUCGGCUUCUCGGCAGCCAAGGACGUCGACAUCGCGACAAAGGUGGUGCGCAAGCGCAACGCUACCGAGUCGGUUGGCCUGAUCCUGCUCAAGAACGGCAAGCCAGACGUGGUCGAGUACAGCGAGAUCGACAAGGAGACUGCCGAGGCGACGGACCCCAAGCUCGGCGACGGCGUGCUCAAGUUUCGCGCCGCAAACAUCGUAAACCACUACUACAGCUUCCGCUUCCUCGAGAGCAUCCCGCUGUGGGCCCACAAGCUACCUCACCACGUCGCCCGCAAGAAGAUCCCGCACGCCAACCUCGAGUCGGGCGAGACUGUCAAGCCCGAGAAGCCCAACGGUAUCAAGCUCGAACAGUUCGUCUUUGACGUUUUCCCCAUGCUCGAGCUGAGCAAAUUUGCCUGCAUGGAGGUCCGCCGCGAGGACGAGUUCUCGCCCCUCAAGAACGCCCGCGGCACCGGCGAGGACGACCCCGACACCAGCAAGCAUGACAUCAUGGACCAGGGCAAGAGGUGGGUGGCUGCCGCCGGCGCCGUCGUGACUGGAGAGAAGGCCGACGCCGGUGUCGAGGUGUCACCACUGGUCAGCUAUGGCGGCGAAGGCUUGGAGGCUUUCAAGGGCAAGGAGAUUGUGGCUCCUGCUGUUCUUGAGAAGGAGUAAAUUGUGUUUAGGACCGUAACUCAUGCUGCCGGGCGGGAUAUCUCAAAAUUUAUGGCGAGCAAUAUAGAUUAUAACGAUUCAUGAAUCAGCAAUACAAGUCGAGUAGGCAGGA